AAUGACGUACUUGUGUUGGUGGUGGAGUAGGAGGCUGCUGUCAUCCGCGCACAGCGCACAGUUGAUAUUUGUAUGUGUAUUUGUGCAGUGAUUUUCUCAACUGAGAAAAUGUUUGGCUGCGGUGAUCAACGACGAUAGAUAUGGUCUAUCGAGCAGAUAUGCUUCUUCACUUGGCUUGGACCUGUUAACCCAUUUCUGCGGUCUUCCCCUGUGAAGGGGCGAAAAUAAGGUUAAAAUGGGUCCUCCUCCAAUUGUCACUGGCGUGUCGCCGAAAGAAGGACCUCCUGGAACUCGAGUCACUGUCCGUGGAGAGUUCCUGGGCAAAACUGCCUCGGAUUUAAGUGGCCUUACAAUAUGCGGAUGUGACUGCCUCCUCUCAGCAGAAUGGAAGUCUCCCAACAAAAUUAUCGCCAGGUCAGGUCCAGGCAAAGGAAAAGGAGAAAUUCUUGUGACAACUCGGUCUGGUGGGCGAGGAACAUCGACUGUUGAAUUUCGGGGGUAUCAUGAGAUGAUAGGUCCAAUGAAGGAGAGUGCUGUGUGGGUUGAAGAGGCACCACUGCGCAAGAUGUGGUGGGGCCGGAGAGGUCUAACGCCCACAACAUACCAACAUGACGAUCCUCUUGGCAUUUCUAUUGAGGGUGUUGAGCAAAAGUUUCCCGAAGAUGGUCUGCAUAAGCUAUUUCCUGGAGGGUCUGGCGAUCUAUCCUCUGAAAAUUUUGCAGCUGGCUGGUUUCUUCUUGAGAGACAUCAUGCCACUCCAUUUGAUGACCUACGUGCUGGACUUGCCUUUCUCAGGCGGAAAGUCGAUGGCCAGAAAGAAGGACAGCUCUCAUUCAUUAAGUCUAAUGUUGGAUCAGUAAUGGAACAGUUAGAUACUUUGGCCCAUCUGAAAGAAAGAUUUGAAGAGGAUGUAGAGAAGCAGGGUCAAGACCCCACCAUUCGACUGGAAGCUGCUAUCAAAGAGUCCAUGCUUGAAGCUAAUAAACUAUUUGAAGACGUCCUUUCUCGGCGUGAACGUGCCGAUGCAACUCGUAGUGCGUUAGCAGUUCUCCAACGAUUCCGCUUCCUAUUUGGUCUUCCUGGUGCAAUUGAAAAGAAUAUCAAAAAGGGAGACUAUGAUGCAGUCAUUAAUGACUAUGCCCGAGUAAUGAAUUUGUUUGGAAAUACUGAAGUGCCUGUAUUUAAAAAAGUCCUUGCUGAGGUAGAAUCAAGAAUUGCUCAAUUACGAGAGCUUCUUCACCAUCGACUUGAGGAUGCACCAACUACACUGGAGGCACAGAAAAAGCUCAUUCGGAACUUAGUCAAUUUGGAGGUUGGUGGAGACCCUGCAUGGGAUGCUAUUUCUUGCCAUUCCCGUCAUCUUGCAGCAACCAUGAUACAGUGCAGGGAUACUCAUCUCACCCAAGAACAAACUGCUUUGGAAGAAGGAGGCAAAACACCUAAAAGCAGCAAGAGCAAAGGUGCAAGUUCAUCGAAUCAAAAUACUGAUUGGCAGGCCAGUGUACCUGCUAGAGUGUUGCUUACUGAAGAACUAGCAGAUACAAUAUCAGAGCGGUUUCCAGAUUUCUGGAAACUUGGGCAGGCUUACUUUACUGGAGAGCUUCAAGUCAAGGUAGUUCCUGGCCGGCAGCAGGAUUUCAAGAAACUGGUGCUGGCGGGAAUUUCCUUGUUCUCUGGACUCCUGCGAGCUGCUCUCAUGCCUCACACCUUAGUAAAGACUCCAGCAGCUGAAAGAGCAAGCUAUGGUGUUUGGCAUUCUCGAGGAAUGGAAGGCCUGGGUCCAUGGCUGCCACAUUGUCUAAGAGCUCUUCGUCAGGGGUACUCCUCACUUAUCCGGUUGGAUUUACCAAGUGAAGUACUUGACAUAGUUGCUAGUCUGAUAUUUGACCUCAGGGUACACUGCAUGAGCACUCUUAUGAAACAAGCUGGAGAAUCAAUUCGUAAUCUUCAUACUCAAGAGUCAUGGAACAUUCAAUUUGAUGGAGAACAUGGUGGUAUUACACAUCUGCCUGCAGAGUGUGAGAGAGUAGUUGCAGAAGCUUUACAACUUGCCAAAGAUUCUGUUUUAUUAGCUGACCUGAGGGAAACUCCCCUCCUUGAAUCCAAUGUUGUCCAAAGGGACUUGAACAACUUAAUACUCAAUAUGCUGUUGGGUUUUGUUGAGGUUCUUGAUAAAUUGGCAUUAGGUAGUGAUGCCAUGGCUGGUGAUUCUCUGGGAGCAUCUCAGAUGAUAGGUUCACCUUCUAUAUUUAGGGGCUCUGAUUCUGUCAUGGAUAAAGGGCGGAACAAAGAUAAAGAAACUGGCCCGGCUUGGGAGCAACGGUUGUUGAGUGUGUUAAGUAAUAUUGAGUACACAAAAUGUGUGCUCUUGCCUCGAAUUGCUGAUUUGUUUGCUCGCUAUCAACUCCCUGCUCAGACAGGGCCUUUGGCAGCUGUCAAUAAGGCUCUGGCUGAGCUUGAUCAGAGGGUGUUGGAUGCGUACUUAGAGCAACGCUCGGACCCAUUAGUGGGCACAAUUGAGCCCUCUAUGUACAUUGGCAAUUUUAAUUGGGAUACUGCCGUGAAACCAGCAGAUGUGAGGCCAUAUGUGAAAGAACUUUUGACUAAUCUUAUAAGUGUUCAUUCAGAGGUGCACAGUAUAUCUCCUGGUCUGGUCUGGAGGGUUCUUCCACAGUUGGUAGAAACUGUAGCAGAAGAACUGGCCAGACUCAUGGUUUGCUUGGACAGAAAAUUCAAUGUACAUGGAACAGAGCAAGCUUGUGCAGAUAUUGCAGCCAUCCGAGAAGCUGUACAAGUUUACUCUACCCCUACAGCAGAGGCCUUUUUUGAUGAGGCUCUGGAAGCUGUGCCCCGGUUGAGCGAUACUCAGGGUAAAAAGAAUGUGGAAACCGUCUUGAACCACUUCAGAUCAAGGAUGAGACUUCAGUUGAUGUGUUUCCGUGAUCCCAAGGGUACCCGCAAUCCCUCAUAGAAGUUUUGAAAAGAAUCUUAGUGUAAUGCAUUGCCUUUGAAUGAAUUUGUAUCUUGUAUUUCUGUGAUGCCAUAUCAGUGGAUUCCUGAUUUCCAAUAUCCUUUAUUAUUUGUCAUUAAAACCAUUUAGUGCAACAAAAGAAAAUUAUAGUGACCCCAGUUUAAUUUGUGACCAGGACACACCUGGCCUGUACAUAAAAGAUGUAAUCUAGCUCAUGGAAUUUUAGAUUGUAUACCUGUGUACUUUAUACAUUUGUAUAUGUAUUUUAUCUAGAAGCUGUUAUUAAUUAUCUAUCAACAAAAUAAAACCUAUUCUUGUGA